AUGUUCAGGUACGAGCUGUCUAAACAUCGAUCACGUCCACCAUGCAUGGGUAUUCAUCGGCGAACACGCCUUAAUGUUGUAGACAACUCAGCUCUCGGUAAAGAAGCCCAUAUGUCCGGAAAACAAGCGUAUUGCAUUGAUGUUUAUAAGCAAGGCCGACGGAAGAAACAUUUGCCACAUGCGACUCUUGGUGACAAGAUCCUUGUCGCGAUUCGUGGUCAGAUGCGGAAGGCCUACGUUGUCGGAGCUAAUACUCAUGUUCAUUUACGUAAACAUGGAGUGCCAGUCACUGAUACCAACAACAUUGUUUUACUGGAUGAAGAGGGAAAUCCACUUGGAAAUCCGAAUCACAUCACCGAUACCAGUGAAACUCUUAGAAAACAAAAAUAA